AUGCUUCGAAACAAGGCUACACUGCCUGCCCUGCAGAAAACAUACGAUGAGAGCUACCUGACAUGUUCUACCGCCGUGUACUAUGAGGGCCAGGGCAACGAGAAGGAGGCCAUGCGCUGCUGGAAGUCAGCCCUCAGCAACAUAUACGACCACAACGCCAAUAAAGUGCCAUCCACAUACGAUCCCAGAUCCGAGACUGAGAGAGCAUUGAUCGAGAGCCUGAAGAAGCUCGAGUUACAAUGCAAAGAGCGCAUCGACCUCUUGGAAGCCUUGAGAAUGUCCCGUCAAGAGGACGCCGCCAACACCCCAAGAACACCAUCAAACGGCAAAUUGGUCGAGUAUAUCGAGCCCUCGGACUUGGAACCAAGAAGCAGUACUCCGGGGAAGGGAUGGAUAGGCGACGGGACAAUCCCUGCUAUCACCUACCCCGAGUUGUCAAGGCCAGCUUUGCCGCCGCGACCGGCCUUGAACACUAGAACGUCUUCUGAGCAGGCCGUGGUGGGAGGCAGGCGCACCAGCGCUGAGGUUGGAGGCUCAUCCUCAGGGUCGAGGCUGCCAGGCUAUUACACACCCUCUUCAAGCAGGCGAACUUCACGUUCGCCAAGCCCCGAAAAGUACAUGAUGAGGACCACAUUGCGCUCGAACAAGUCUGGCGAAAGACCCGCCAAGUCUUUCCGUCGCCCCUUGCCUAAGGCCAUCGACGAACCUGGCGCGAGCAGGGCUGCCACACUUGCUUGGAGCGCCCUCGGCACAAGAAAUAAGUCAUCGCUCGGGCGUGAUGCAGACGCUUCUGCAGGCCAGAGCACAAGUCUCCCAUCGUUAGACGCCGGUGGGUACAGUUCGAGGAGACAAGAUACGUCCUCGCCGACGCGGCAAUGGGACAGUCACUCGCGCAGACUAGUCAAACACAGAGAUGAGGAGACCGGGGCGGCGGGAAAGAGACGCAGCACCGAGCUGUCGAACACCGUGUCGUGCGCGGAGGAUUUGAGUUUCGGACCGUCCGCUCUCUCUGUAAACGCUGCGUCGAGUGCCCUGCAAGGGCCACCUGGGCCCGAGUACCGGGAGCAUGAGCGCACAUCCCGACAUAAAUCGGAUCGGGCGGCGAGGUUGCAGGCCAAGCUGUUGCGGGGCGAUCAAGAUCACACACCGAGCCGGUCUAACAGCAAGAGCAGAAGUAGCACAAGCCUCCCUAUGCGCACCAAGGCGAGCAACCCAGAACGAGAGCGCGUUUCGAGUCCCAGCUGGGCGGCCAGUGCAAAGCCAACCCCGCUUCGCAAAUCAGCAUCCGAAUCGAGCCUAGAAGGGAGUGAUUCUGGCUUUGCGUCCUCGCGUCCGAAAAGACGGGUAUCACAAAAGGAACGGGCUUUGACUGCGAACUCGAGGAGCCAUUCGCGGUCAAAUUCCAGACCAAAUUCUAGGAACAACUCGGGAGAGUCAGGCGGAGACGACGCAGCGCCAGAAAAGUCGUGGAAGAAGAGGAAGGCGGAAUUGAUGAAGAAUCUGCCCCCGGGCGUGGACAAAAACGCUGCUAAGCAGAUUCUGAACGAGAUAGUUGUGCGCGGAGACCAGGUGCACUGGAGCGAUAUCGCUGGGCUCGAAGCGGCGAAGAGCGCGUUACGAGAAGCUGUGGUAUACCCUUUCUUGCGACCAGACCUCUUCAUGGGGCUUCGGGAACCUGCGCGAGGCAUGCUGUUGUUCGGCCCCCCUGGAACGGGCAAGACAAUGCUCGCGCGGGCUGUUGCUACAGAGUCAAAGUCGACUUUCUUCUCCAUCUCGGCGAGCAGCUUGACAAGCAAGUAUCUGGGAGAAUCGGAGAAGCUGGUCCGGGCCUUGUUUGGGCUGGCCAAGGUUCUGGCCCCUAGCAUCAUCUUUGUCGACGAGAUCGAUUCGCUCCUCUCACAGCGAUCGGGCUCCGGGGAGCAUGAGGCAACGAGAAGGAUCAAGACUGAAUUCCUGAUUCAAUGGAGCGACCUACAGCGCGCGGCAGCCGGUCGGGAUUCUGGGGAUAAGGAAAGGGGUGAUGCCAACCGUGUACUAGUGCUUGCGGCUACAAAUCUUCCCUGGGCCAUCGACGAGGCUGCGCGCCGAAGAUUUGUCAGGCGGCAGUACAUUCCUCUGCCCGAGUCCGAUACCAGAGCCAUCCAUUUGAAGACCCUGCUGGGGCAGCAGAAGCAUAGUCUGACGGACGAGGACUUUGCGAAACUCGUCGAGUUGACUGAUGGCUAUUCGGGAUCUGAUAUUACUGCACUGGCCAAGGACGCUGCUAUGGGUCCCUUGAGGUCCCUUGGCGAGGCAUUGCUACACAUGACAAUGGAUCAAAUACGGCCCAUCGCGUUGGAAGAUUUUGUUUCUAGCCUCGCAAAUAUACGGCCCAGCGUAAGCAAAUCGGGCCUCAAGGAGCACGAGGAUUGGGCAUUGGAGUUUGGGGAGCGGGGGGGUUGA